AUGCAGCCCACCGAGCCAGCGAAGACAGAAGUAGAUCCGGCGAAAGCCUCCAAGACGGCUACAACCCAGCCACCGGCAAUGCUGGAAGAAGACGACGAGUUCGAGGAUUUCCCCGUCGAAGACUGGUCGCAAGAAGAUACCGAAGUCCCAGGCGGAACCACACAUCUCUGGGAAGAGAGUUGGGAUGACGACGAUGAGAAUGAAGAUUUCAGCAAGCAAUUGAAGUACGUGCGAAACAACUAG